AUGUACAAAUCAUUGAAGAAUAUUUCGGCGCGGCACCGCCGUAGAAUUCGGCAAAAGUUAUCGAACAGCGUGCCUGAUGAUGAUACAAUUUUACGACCUGAUCUUCGAGAUAGAGUUCCAACUGCAGCAUCCACAAGUGAAAUACAGCAAGGAAAUCUUACUCCAACAUCAGAUCGAGUUCAACCCUUUGAGGUUACAGCCUUAUUAAAUCCUUUUGAUUCACCAGAUUCGUUAGCAUCAAGUUCUUGGGACAGUACUAGCGUUCCUCUGGUACCAUCAAAGUUAAUAUCUCAGGUAGAAGUUGAUCAUGAUUCAACUGCCACUUAUUUCUGUUCCUGUGAUGAAUGCACAAACCCAAAUUUUGUUGAUAAACAGUCAAUGAUUGAAGAUUUACGUUCAUGGGCUGUGAAAUUCAGUGUGCCACUAAAUCAUGUCACGCAUUUAUUGAAAAUUUUGCACAAACAUAGAAUAAAUGUUCCUGUUGAUGCAAGAACAUUGCUUAAAACACCUCGAAGUGUAGAAGUUUCAAAAGUAGCUCCUGGGACAUACAGCCAUAUGGGUAUUGAGUCCCAAAUUACCAGAAUUUUAGAUAUUUUACCAGAAGGUACACAACAAUUGCCAAAAGAAAUCAAAUUAAACAUCAAUAUUGAUGGGACUGUCAUCUCUCGAAGUUCAGGAAGUGAUUUUUGGCCUAUUAUCGGGUGGUUUCCACAAGGCACCUUUCCAAAUUUCAACCCAGAACCAUUCGUUAUUGGCAUUUACCAUGGAAGGGUAAAGCCUUCUUCAGCAAAUGAUUUUUUGAAACAGUUUGUUGAAGAAUUCAUUACCCUAGAAAAAAAUGGAUUGAAAUUUAGAAAUGAACCUAUAAAAUUAGUGUUCAAUGCUCUUGUGUGUGAUGCACCAGCAAAGUCUUUUGUUACAUACACUAAAAGUCAUAAUGGCUAUCAUGGUUGCCCUAAAUGCAUUCAAGAGGGUGAGUAUAUUUCAAAUCGAAUGACUUUUCCAGAAACACAUAGUCAGUUGAGAAGUGAUGAUUCAUUCAGAAAUAAAAUUCAUGAAGACCACCACACUGGAACUUCUAUUUUAGAAAGUUUAAAUAUAGGUAUGGUGACACAAGUGCCAAUUGACUAUAUGCACUUGGUUUGUUUAGGGGUGGUCAAAAGACUUUUAGCUUUCUGGCAUAAAGGUAGGCAAGAUGUCAGAAUACCAGCAGGUAAUUUUGAUGCCUUGUCUGAUCUUUUUUUGUCUUAUAAAAAAUGUGUAACCUCAGACUUUUGCAGGCUGCCUCGAAUACUUUCCGAGGUGGAUAGGUUUAAGGCCACUGAAUUUCGACAGAUUUUGUUAUAUACAGGAAUUGUGGCCCUCAAAAAUUUUCUUCCCCAACACAUUUAUAGGCAUUUUUUACAUCUUUCUUGUGCAAUAAGAAUUCUGGUGACACCUAAAAUAUGUGUGAAAUUGAACAAUCAGGCUCAUAACUUAUUACAGACUUUUAUAGAAGAAUAUUCUGAAAUAUAUGGUAGGGAAUAUAUAACCUAUAAUGUCCAUAAUUUGUGCCAUUUAUCAAAAGAUGUAUUAGAAUAUGGAUGUCUGGAUAACUUUAGUGCCUUUCCACCUGAGGCAUACAUGUUCCAUUUGAAAUCCAAGAUUUGUGAGCGAUCUGCAAAACCAUUGCAACAGAUAGUGAAACGCUUACAAGAAAGCACAAUUAAAUAUAAAUUGAAAUGUAGGAAACCAUAUUUGAUUGAGAAAAAAUAUCACACAGACUUGAAAAUAAAAGAUGACCUGUUUUCCAAUAAAGAACCAAAUAACUAUUGCUUGUUGAAAAAUGGUAAAUAUGUUAAAAUUAAUGAAAUCCAUAAUUCAAAUGAUAAUAUCAUUAUUAGGGGUCAAUGUUUCAACUCUGUUGGUGGAUUUUUCAGCGAUCCAAUGGAUUCCCGAAUUUUAGGAAUUCAUUUGUGCAGUUUAGGUGGCGAGGAUAUUGUUUUUUCUGUAACAGAUAUUGUCUGCAAAGUAAUGGUUUUGCCAGAUCAAAAUUUGUAUGUGGUUUUACCAAUUUGUCAUCAUUCUGAGGAUUAUUUCAACAUUUGA